CAACUGGAAAUUGGUGUACUUUGGAGGAAAUCUGUAUGUCUUAAUAAUGUUGUUUCUUCUUUGUCACUUGUGGUAUUGGCACAGGAAGGAAAUGACCUUAAUGGGUCAGACCCAGUAUUGCUUAAGCAAAGUGUGUUGGGAGUUUGGCUUGGUACGACUGAAGUGAACAACCUUUCUCAGCCUGUUCAGCUCAAAUUCAGAAACACCCAUAACCAGACUGAAAAUGGGAUCUGUGUCUAUUGGCAUCUCGAGAAAAAUGGCGGAGGAAACUGGAGUACAGAUGGCUGUAAGACUAAUAUCGACAAUGGAGACUUUGUGUGCAGCUGUAACCAUCUAAGCUUUUUCGCAGUCCUCAUUAGUCCUCAAAUUCCAGAGAAGUCCCAUAUUGUCCAUCUCAACUACAUUUCAUAUGUUGGCUCUGCCCUUUCAAUAGCAUUCACAUCCCUCGUAAUAGUCUUGUUUCUGUGCCAGAGGAAAAAACAAUGCGAGCAUUCACUCGUCAUCCAUGUGCAGCUCUCCAGUUGCUUAUUCUUGCUGCACAUCUCGUUCUUGUGCAGUGUGUGGUUUUCAGGCCAUAGUGACUCUGAUUCAGUGUGUCAGACUAUAGGCCUUCUUCUGCACUGGUGCCUUUUAGCCACCUUCACCUGGACGGCCAUUGAAGGCUUCCAUCUGUACCUGUUGCUGGUGCGAGUCUUCAACAUCUACAUCAAGAGAUACAUGCUUAAACUAAGUCUCAUGGGAUGGGGUGUACCCACCGUUACGGCGAUGAUAUGCGGCAUGACUAAAGUGUAUGGAAAAUAUACCCUCUACACAGAUCAAGAAAAUUCAACAGCCACAUCGCUAUGCUGGGUGACCACAAACACAGUAAUCUACAUUACUGUAAAUGGCUAUCUGGGGCUGGUGAUGCUCUUCAACAUGGCUAUGCUGGCAGUGGUUGUGGUAAAGAUGCGUCAGUUAAGACAGCAGAAUGUACAAAUAGACCAUCAGAAGAGGGCGUGGAAAGACUGCGUGUCUCUGCUGGGGCUCUGCUUUGUUCUGGGAGUGCCGUGGGGUCUGGCCUUCUCAACCCACGGACCCCUGAGUCUCCCUGCGCUGUAUGUUUUUACCAUCCUCAACAGUUUUCAAGGUGUCUUUAUUUUCCUGUGGAUAUUGACUCUCACAUGUAAAGCACGGAAGGAGAAACAAACCUCAUCCAAAGGCACCAUCCAGGUCAGCUACCUGAGUAAUGAAGAAUAUGUGACUUCCAAAACAACCAACAGCUGAUUGCACUGGGGAGUUUCAGAAACUGACUCUUCAAUGACAUUAUUAAUUAUUAAUAUUAUUAAUAAUGUUUUUUGACUCAUUU